CAUAAUAUUUCCAUAGAGGAACUGUAAAAGUGCUUCCGAAUCAGCUGAUUUGGAACAUCUCGUGAAAAGGCCUAUGCAGCGGUCCUUCAUCGCUGCCAAUAAAAGCAAGCAUGGUCCAGUCACCUGAAAAAGCCUAUUGCUCGACUCAAUAAAGAAAUUGUGUUUAUGUCAAACAGAUUUAUGACUAGCCAAAUAUGUGACAGCAGCAUUUGCGUGACGAACAAUUCUCUCUUACGUGCUUCAUUUUAGCGUACACACUUAAAAUUUGUUAAAGUAUACACUAUUUUUACCUUAACCUUAAAUGCCAAACAGUUCAGUAAAAUUCUGAUGCCUGAUAAAACCGUUAUUUUCCAACAAAAUCGAAUAAUAUCUGUUCUGUAGUUUUCUGAUACUAAUCCCAUUCAACUUCUUCUAACUUGGUGAGAUUUAUAGAUUCCAAAUCGUGUUAAAAUCAAAUAUAAUGUUAACAGAACAAUUUGGGUAAAAAUCUGAUUUUGCAUAAAAUACUUCCUCAAAAUCGAUAAAGUUUCAAUUGGAAACUUGACUCACACCAUUUUGAUUAUUUUAAAGUCCAUCUCUUGAAGCACUGCUCUUUUUGUUUCUUACUCCGAACCUCAUAAAUAUCGAACAUCUCCUAGUCCACGUUAGACAUAAUUAUCAAAUCAAAUCCAAACAUCCGAACCAGCACAAGCAAUUCUCGGAAACACUGUAGCGCUUCAAUUGCCAUAUCCAUGCACAAGGCGUUCUCAAUCACUGUACACUUGAACCCCGUUUUACAAGCCAAACGCCUGAAGAUUGCAUGAAAAAAUCAUACAAUUUCGAUCGAUGCGUUCAAAAUCAGCCUCCAGUGUACUCCGUUCAUGAGUGAGAAUGAGCGAGAACCGGAUCGCUACACAACGAAACGAACAAACAUCGUUCCUGACAUACACACACAACCACACGCACACUCACCCAUGUCAGUGGUGAAUUUCUCUCUGCUAGGGUGGUGAAUUCCAAUCUCCUUUGUUCGCAUGCCGUCCUCUCAUUCCUUCAAGUUGCGAUUGGUCGCCAGAGUGGGACACAACGGCUAUCCUCGACUCUGUCUCGCAGCUGCAACUCCAUAGCCCAGCAGCCGAGGGUAUGAGAUUGGAUAAUGUGUCGUUAAUGUUGGUACCACCACCACUACCAACACCGUGGCAGUGCCGUGUUCCGUCACGCAAGAGGAGGAUGUGUGUUUAAAGUUUAGCCAGGCACUUCAGUCGAAUAUUGUUUGAAAGCCAAAUAGUAGUUAUUCCCCUCUGCAAACAGUCACAUCUUGUUAGUCGGGAGAGGCAAGCAGAGACAAAGUUUGUUCAACAUUAUAAUAUAUAAACAUAAUAUAAUAAUAAAGCACCCGCGCGCGCGAGUUGACGCGUUUUCCAGCGGGAAAUUCGAGUGCGCCGAUUAGGGAUUUUCCUCGACGGGAUUAUCGAGUAUUUUGUGGAGUUAUUCGCGUGUGUGCCGAAAGUGCGACUCCCGAGUGACAUUGGCUUCACAAGAGGCGGGAAUACAAGAGUGCUUUCGGGAGUCAUCCCUACGGGUUUGUGGAACCGUUCAUUGUGGCAUGCUGAGAUAGCAUAUGUGUAGAGUUUUCGUGAAAAUUUCGGACAAUUUUCAAACACUUGUACAGCUCGGUAGACACGCAUCGUGUGAGGCAAGAACGAGCGUUAGCGCCGCCGAGAAGCUGGUCCGUCACGCACGCACCGAAUACGCACGUAGUGAUCCUUGCUAGUAGUGGUGAUCUCCUGUGACGACGACGGGGAGUCCUUCAGUUUGGGGCAUCGGAGCCGGAUGCCACAUUACCAUCUCGCGUGGCCCGGAGAGAAGCGCACAUAUUUGCUUUUCCAAUCAGUAAAACGACACUGGUGUUUGGGUUGCAACGAGUCAACAUCGGACUGAGCUAAGGGAAGGAGCCACCGUUUGUUUCCCGGAGUAAUGACGAAAGCCCGAAAAACGCUUAAGCCUUGAGCCUCAAGAGUUACCAAGGACUGUUCGACGUCGUCGACUACGGUACCUGUUGAAACUCUCCCAAGGGGAACGGAAUCCGGAGUGCGGCAUCGUGUGUCUGUGUACUCUAUCGAGUUUGUUUGCCAGCGGUCCUGUGAACUGUGAAGAAGGACUUUAGCGCUACGGAGUCCAUCAUCUGGGGCCUUGAGAACAGCCAGUGUACAAGCAGUUAAGUUUUUGUGUCCACACAAAACUCGUCCAUCUGAACGUAUCGACAGCGACGAAGUCGGGUGACACUUUGUGUUCGUUUUUGAAAAGGAAUCGACUAUUAAUCGCUCGGUGUGUACAGAGUGUGGGAGUGGGUAGCCUCCUGGAGUGUCCAAGAUUGUUGCCAAACUACCCGGUAUUCGGCUCGUUGUGGAGCCGAGGAAGAGGCUCGCGUCAUAGCUGCCCGAUAAGAGACCGGGAACGGGAGAAUGUUUGUGUAUUCCUAAAUUGUUUGUGUUUAUUAUUGAAUUUCAAAUUACGUAGGCUGAUGCAGUUCCCCAGUUUGGAACCGAAGGAAUACAUCGGAACGAUAACGCUAGCAGUCGCCGAUUGUGUGAAUCAAUAAACAAAGCAUAGUUGAACGGUGAUAACCGGUGUAGUAUUGGAGUGAUAAACAAUUUCGGUGAUGGCAUUCAGGAAUGUGAAUCGCUCAAUAUGAGCGAUUGUGAACGGGAGAUGAUUGAACUGUUGGUUUGUCACUAGGGUAACUGUUGAUCACAGAAGGUGUAUUAAGGGAAGCAAUUUUGAUUGAUGUGUUCGUGCACGACUUAGACAAAGUUUCCAAUCGAUAUCGAAGCGAAGACAACAGUGAAGUGAAAAUGCAAAAACUCUAUCCGGAAACAUCGAUCAACAAUACCAGUAUGGCCGGCGGGAAUAUGAGCCCCAUGCCGUCGACGUACAGUAUGAACAGUAUGGGUAUGACGGUCGGCGGAAUGACCUCGGUUUCACCACAGGGUGGAUCAUUUGGCGCCGGAGUACUUGGAAACCCUGGAAUGAGCGGGAUGGGUGCCGCUAUGAACACCAUGUCCAGUCAAUGCCUUUCGUCGGCUCCGAUUGGAUACGGCUCGAUGGGAUCGCCAAUUCCCAACAUGGGCUCCUGCAUGGGAGGCAACGGUAUGAGUUCGAUGGCUGCUAUGUCCGGUUACUCAAGUGUAGCUGGUAGCCGAGAAGUACUUGGUGAUCCUGGAUCUCCAAAUUCAGCAGCUCUGCAGCGAGUGAGAACAGAAAAACCUACGGCGGCUUUCCGACGGAAUUACACACACGCUAAACCGCCAUACUCGUACAUCUCCCUCAUAUCAAUGGCCAUUAAGAACAACCCGCAUCAAAUGCUCACUCUAGCUGAGAUAUACCAGUUCAUCAUGGAUCUGUUUCCGUUUUACCGACAGAAUCAGCAACGGUGGCAAAAUUCCAUCCGACACUCGCUUAGCUUUAACGACUGCUUUGUCAAAGUGCCCCGAACUCCGGAUAAACCCGGCAAAGGUUCCUUCUGGACUUUGCAUCCCGACUCGGGUAACAUGUUUGAAAACGGGUGCUACCUUCGACGGCAGAAACGCUUCAAAGAUGAGAAGAAAGAGAUUAUUCGUUCGAUGCACAAGAGUCCAGCUCACAGUAUGGAUGCAACGAGUCCGGAUAAAAAAGACCAUCAUGAUGACCACCAUCAUCAUCAUCGGGACCACAAAGUAACUGUCGAUACCCACGGAAUGCUGAAUUCAUCUCAUGGUAAGGACACCGAUGCACUAGCCAUGUUGCACGCAACCGCUGACCUUUGUCUAGCGCAGCAGUCGCAUUCCCAACACGGACCCCAUCACCAGCAGCUUCAGCAAGAGGAAUUGUCUGCCAUGGUAAACCGAUGCCAUCCCUCGCUGCUCAGCGAUUACCACUCGAUGCACCUCAAGCAGGAACCGCCCGGCUAUACGCCCUCUAGUCAUCCGUUCUCCAUCACCCGGUUACUACCGACGGAGUCCAAGGCCGACAUCAAGAUGUACGAUAUGAGCCAAUACGCCGGCUACAACGGCCUUAGUCCUCUACAGAACUCGCAUGCAGCGGCGGCCGCCCUAGGACAGGACUCCUACUACCACCAGAGUCUCGGUUACCACCACGCAUCGGCCGGAACCACCAGCUUGUGACAUCAGUACCCGUUGGCAUAAGUGAAGCUUAAGAACUACUACGGUUGCUACGGAGCCAACGGCAGCUUGCACAACAACAACAGCAUUCAUCAGUUCAGCAUCAACGGCAGCAGUACCAUCAACGGUAAUUCCAUUGGUAGAUCCUCCUGUGGUAGCAGCACCGAAGCUGACCCUAAUUUCCCAUUCUGAAUCCAGGCAACAGACGACUUGAAACGAAUCCUCCUACGCUCCUCUCCAGAAACACCCAAACACGAUCGAACUUUUGAUCAGCGAACCAGUUUCGUACAGGAUGUGACAAAAAUAAUUUCAAAAAUUUUGUCGAACAGGAUUUGUUUGCAAAUUUCGUUUGUCUCCUAGUAAUAAUUCUCAAUCGAGAUAUUUGAGAUUUUGGUAAUUCAGAUCAUUUCAACAGAUCUCAUCAAACUAAAACUCAUCACUUUUUCAUUUCUUCUGACCUAUACUGUCCCAGAGGAAAAGACACAAAACGCAAAGAAAACCGGUAUUCCCAACAAGUGGUUGAGCUUAAAAUUUUGGAACCACGCGCCUCCAGCUCGCCAAAAUGUCUCAAAGAUUCGUCCCGUCCACUUCGAGGCACACUUCCGUCAUCCAACACUUUGAAGCGAUCAAUGCUCGGGCUUCCUCACAGAGAACGCUUAUUUGUCUUUUGUAAGUGCUCUCGUCGUCCAGAAGCAAAACCACGAACUCAAAAAAAAAACUGAAUAAUAAUUCGGCUGGACACCGACCGUCUCUGCUCGAGUGGGUCUCUUCGGUUUUCCAGUCAAAGCCCCCGCGUAUGCUAAAUCGAUCUUGUGUCGAAUGGUUCGAAAUUUCGGACAACCUUUUGACCUUCGAGGAGGACUUCAACGCGUUUUUGGAGAUGUUUGCUGUUGUUCAAAGAUAAGCCCUUCUAAAUGGUUUGGAAAAGCAAAUGGCACGAGGCACAAUGUAUUGAUGACAUUGGGACAUUUAUAGCAGCCUUUGCAAUGCGUAUAUAAAGAACGUCAUAUUCAACAUACUCUCUUAUGUGUUAUGUUUGAUACGACAACUGGCGUAUGAUUUUCAAAGUCCCACAGUUGUGAGUUCACGUUUUUAAGCA